AUGAAGUCCAUGUCAGAAGAGCCAGUCCCAUUACAUGAAGAAUUUAUCUACUGUUGCGGAGCUGCCACCCAUGUCUUAAAGUGUGGGCCCUGGAAAGAUCUCUCAAAAGAUGAAAGUAAAAAUCUACCCAGGCUCUUGUUCAUGAUUAUUCCUGGUAACCCUGGACUGGCAGGUUAUUACAGGACCUUUAUACAGGCCUUAUAUUGUGGACUAAAUCAGCAGUAUCCCGUUUGGGUUGUGAGCCAUGCCGGACAUUGUAAACCUCCUAGUGGUAUGGAAAUGAUAGAAGACACAGAUAUUAAGGAGCUAGAGGAUGUUUUUGGACUUAAUGGACAAGUAGAGCAUAAGCUGAACUUCCUCAAAAAGAAUGUUUCAAAAGAUAUAAAGCUGGUACUGAUUGCUCAUUCUAUUGGUUGCUACAUCACACUGGAGAUGAUGAAGCGAGCAUCAGAACUUCAGGUUCUUCGCUCUGUGCUGCUGUUUCCAACGAUAGAGCGUAUGGCUCAGUCCCCUCAAGGAAAGCUCAUGACCCCCUUGCUGUGCAAACUUCGCUACAUUCUGUACAUGCCUGUCUACCUGCUGUCCUUUCUACCAGAGGGAGCCAAAGCCUCCCUGGUGCGGUUUGCUCUGCGAGGAAUGAAGACCUGUGAUGAAUCUUCCAUAAUAACCUCCUUAAAUCUCUUCAGUGUGGACUGCAUUG